AUGACUUCGCCGUUCUCGCUGAUGUUUGCCAGGCGAGUUACACUGCCAGAGGAUUAUGCCAACAAAGACAAAUACCCGAUCCCCAAGGAUAUCACGUCAGUAAAAGAGCUUGAAGAGCGUAUUGACUACAUGCACAAGGUGGUAUUUCCAGCGAUCAAUGAACGAGAGGCCAAGAUGAAUGCGAUUAUGCAGAAGAGGUUUAAUGACAAGCAUAUGCUCGUGGACAUUCCAGUGGGUGCUCAUGUGAUGGUAAAGAUACGUCAACGACCAAGCAAGUUGAGUCCCAUUUAUGAUGGUCCAUAUACGGUCAUUCGUAGAAAUCAAGGCGGGUCAUACGAGUUGAAGGAUGAAAUGAAUGAGAUUCUUCAUCGCAACUAUGUACCAUCCGAGCUAAAGGUGGUGAACAUAGAUGAAAAGGCCAUUGAUGAUGAGUAUUUCGAAAUUGAGGCGAUUCGAGAUCAUAGGGGCAAAGCAGCGAAUCGUGAGUAUCUCAUCAAAUGGAAGGGCUAUGGUGAACGCAUGUGUUCGUGGAUAACUGCAGAAGAUGUAUCGGAUCCCCAUAUUUUGCAAAGAUAUUGGCAAAAGCAUGUGCAGCUGCAGAAGCAAGAAGAAGGGCGCAUCCGAGAGCGAGUGGCUCAAAUGCCGAGGAAGCAACAGAGGAAACGUGCUGCCAUUGGGGAAGCAGAUCAGGCGGGGGCUCCUCAAUCCCCAGCGAAGCGGCGUCGGGCCACUUAUGUUAGGAAGAAGACAGGAUAA